CAUGGAGUAGUGGAGUGUUUUGGAGUCUGGUUCUCGGGUCUCUUGGCCACCGUUUUUGAAAGUAAUGCGUGGCCUUGGCGGCGGGGUGGUUUUAGUGAUAUUUUAACGGCGUGGUUAAACGCUCAGUGGUACCAUCAUGAUCGCUACCUGGUGCUUCGCCGUCGAGCUGCUCCUCCUGAUGUGCCUGCAACACGUAACGGCGGAUAAUUUGGCCCUUUUAUCAGGCACACUGAAGACCUACCAACGGGCGGCAUGCGACGAAGAAACAAUGACGCUGAGAUGCCCUCCGGGAACAACGAUAUCAGUGACGCUGGCUCAGUACGGAAGAGCAGGGGUGGCAAGUAUCACUAAAUGUAGCACACCGAGUCCGCAGGCUGUGGAAAAGGAACCGACUCGCACCUGCCUUUGGCCCCAAGCACUGGAGUACUCCCUGUUGCAGACUGUCGUGGAAGCCUGUCAGAAGAAACGCCAGUGCAAAUUCAACACCAGCCCGGAAACCUUUCAGGGUGAUCCUUGCCCCGGUCUACCGAAGUACAUCGAAAUCGCCUACAAGUGUCGACCAUAUGAAUUCAGAAGCAAAGUUGCCUGCGAAAACGACGCUGUGAACCUUGUCUGCAACCCCGGAAGCAGAGUAGCCAUUUACAGUGCAGCUUACGGCAGGACCCAGUACGAGUCUCUUCAGUGUCCACAGCCACUUGGUGUCCCAGAUGAAACCUGCCUGAUGAGCCACGCUACGGAAAGGGUGAUGAACCUCUGCCAUGGGAAACGGAGGUGUCUACUUGCCGCCAAUAGUCAGACCUUUGGAAACCCCUGCAGGGCCGACAGCAAGGUCUACCUCAAGGUCGUCUACACUUGCGUUCCUCGCAAAGUGCUACGGGAGCAGUACGAGGGGGCGGUUGAAGCCGACGAAACGGAUCUUGUGAACGAGUUCGAGGAGGGUUACGACAGGGCAGAUUUUCGGGCCGAGUUUAGUCCCAGUCCGAACUUGGAAGGUCCUCAGCCUCAGCCGAGAGAUAAUAGUUCCAGGGAUGGACCGACUGUCAGUUCUUCUCCGCCGAGGGCGAGAACUAACAAUGACGUGGAUUCGCGAUUGAAGGUAACGAGCUCGGUCGGUACACACGAGAAAAAGCGCAAGCAUAGCCAUAACCAAAUGCCGACCGAGGACACCCCCGGAAUGAUGUUGGGGGACAGGGGCGGUAGUAGUAAGGCGGUGGACGCAGGCUCUGAUUUUCCUACAAACUGCACGACAGUUAUCUACGCCAUUCCCGAGGAGGAACGCGUUGUCGUUGGCUAUCUCAAUGAGUGGAUCAAUGCCUACGCUUUCAUAUCAAAAAACCAGGAGAAAUUCUAUCUCUACAUAAUCGUUUCGGUAACGGCUGGGAUACUUCUGUUCCUCGGUCUGGUUAUCGGCCGAUUAUUGGUCAGCCGACAUCGGGCUAAAAGAGACGCUAAAUUUCACGCCAAUAACGACGCCUUGCCGAACGGAUUCACAGACGACAUCUCGGAGAUCGACGCCGAUAUCGAUCUCACAACUCCUGUAGCCGUUCCGAUGCAGGACUCGAGGAUUCCGGAAACGCAACUGGCCGAGCGUCUUCACGGGGAACGUUACUACUCGGACGGUAGGAUGGGGUUGAUGGGGACCCCGCCGAUCCACGCCACAUCUCAGCAGCAGCAACAGCAUCAUCAUCACGGGGGCGUCAGGAUCGACCUCGGCAAUCACAUGGUCGGCACCGAUAGCCUUCACACGAUUCUCCGAUCGUCAGAAAACCCAAGAACGAUGACCAACAAGAGCUACUACUACGGCUGACAAGAAGAGGGGGCAGCCCUCCGCGAGGGGAGGCCCCCCACGUUGAGUCCGGUACCGGAAGUUACCACUCGGAAGUACUGUUUCUAGAUA